AUGCUGACUGCCUCUUUGGCACCGACUACUAACAUCCCUAUAGUCAGUGAAAACGGAAGUCUACGUUCACGAUCAACAUCUCAGCGCCUUCGAGGUGAUCGUUCUAGAAUUGGCUGCAGUCAUUCAAAACUGUCAGCUCCAAGUGCAGAUACAUUGUCUGAUUCACUAAGUUUAGCAACAACUGCGACAGAAGGUACAAUAGGAGAGGUCUGGGAACAAAGACAGUUUCCUGUCAUGCCUUUAGGAUGUGCUGUGCUAAAAAGUCCGCCUCCAUCAUUCUUAAAUCUUUCUAAUCAAGAUAAGCAACAGCCUUCAGAAAAGGAUCUUUAUGAGUUCUUAAAAGAUGCAGAACUAGACCACUAUUACUCCGUACUUACUUGUCAUUUAAAGAUUCGUUCAGUUCAACAAAUCAAAUAUGUUGAAGAUUCUGAUCUUGCAGAACUAGGUUUCAGUCGACCUGAACAACGACGUUUACGGAAACAUUUCAAACGAGAAUGUCCGCAAACUGCUAUAGGAAAGCUAAGAAAGCGCUUAGCUCGAUCCACCAGUGGUCGAUGUUCAUCACCACGGCUCAAAGAUACAUUAGAUGGAUUAUCAUCUCGUAAUCUCAACGUACUAUCUAUUUCAUUAGAUAGUACACCAACAUCUGAAGAUAGUGAUACAAAACGACGUACACUAUUACUUACACAAAAUUCUAAAUGUCAUGAUGGUAGUAAUAAUAGUAAUAAGUAUUUAACAGACGAUUUGAAUAAUUUAACCAUUAAUGGAAAUACAAAUUAUCGGGUUAUUCAAUCGAAUGAACUUGAGAUUGGAAGUAGUCUUGGGGAAGGAGAAUUUGGAAAAGUUUUUCAGGGUGUUUGGCAUGCAGAUACAAGACGUGGUUUACAAGUUGCUAUCAAAAUUAUGGAUAUUAAACAAAUGAAUGAAGAGGAAACAUGUGAUUUUUUGAAUGAAAUAUCAAUUAUGCAUAGACUAGAUCAUCCAGAUAUUGUUCAGCUUCUUGGUGUGUGUAUUGAUGCUAAUGUAAUAAAAAUUGUUACUGAACUUGCUCCACUUCGCUCUCUACUAGAAUGUUUACGUGAAUCUGAAUUAAGAUCCAGUUUCUCUGUUCCUGUUUUGCAUAAAUUCUCAAUACAGAUUGCUCGAGGAAUGAGUUAUUUAGAAGAAUGUGGUCUUGUACAUCGUGAUUUGGCGGCUAGAAAUGUCCUAGUAUUUUCAAAAGAUGUUGUAAAAAUUAGCGAUUUCGGUAUGAGUCGUGCUCUUCAACUAGGCAAAUCAUAUUACCAAUCAAAUUUCAAUGUUAAUCUUAAACUUCCAAUUGCAUGGUGUGCACCAGAAUGUAUACAUGAUUUAUUAUUUACCAUACAUUCAGAUAUAUGGGCUUAUGGUAUUACAUUAUGGGAGAUAUUCACUUAUGGAUUCACUCCAUGGGCUGGUCUUACUGGUCGACAAAUAUUAGAAAUGAUCGAUACACCACGUUUUGGUCGGUUAGAUCAACCAGAUUCAUGUCCAGAUCCAAUUUACGAUGCUGUGAUGCGAGCAUGUUGGGCACAUGAACCAAAAGCUAGACCAACAUUUACUCAAUUACUAGGUAUGCUUCCACGUCUUAGUCCCGAAAUUUGGAUAACCACAAGUGAAUAUCGUCCUGAUACAGAUUCGAAUUUGGAUGCAAUUAGUACAUCAGGGGAAGAAUUCCCAUAUAAUCCUGGUUUUCGUCCACAUGGAACACGUUCAUUAGGUCGUCCACUGUUUAUUAGAGCAAAUGAAACAGUGUGUAUACUUGGCAAAAGAAGUAGUAACACAUGGAAAGUGGUAAAUUUACGUACGGGCCUUGUAGGUUGCAUUCCAUCAGGAAUUUUAAAACCAUACAAUACUCCUGGUAACGAUCCAUCUGUUACCCGUGAUCGUCAUACACUAAUUACCAAUAAUACUGCCACAUCGUCACCAAAUACUAUGGGGUUAGUAGCAAAAACACGUUUACGUAUGAGUCGAAGAGCUUCAUUAACAGAUUUGGCUUUACGCAAAACUGUUUCUCGACUUAGCAAAUUCAGUUUAAUCAAUCCAAUCGAUAACAAUAGUAGUAAUAAUCAUAAUAAUAGUACUAUUAGUAGUAGUAGUGGUACAUCACGUUCACGUAUAAAAUUAACUGCAGAUCAAAUAAGUUCACCACAAAAUGAUUUUCGACAUAUUGGUCAUGUUGGUUCAGAUGGUCGAACUUUUGGUGACAUUGGUUUAGUUAGCAAAAUGAUUGAUUUGAAUGAUAAUCUCUCUGAUUCUCAAUCAUUUAACGAUUUUACUGUAUCUGAAGAAAAAUGCAAACCCAAUAAAUCGAAUACUUUGCAAAUUAAUCCUUCGAAUAUUAAAAUUUAUCAAGAAACAACAAUGAAACAUAUUUCAUUACCAAUAACAACUAACACAUCAAUAAUUGGUGAUUCGUCUGUGACAAAAAAAUUUACAUCAAAGAAAAACACUCACACAUCAAGUACUCUCUUACCUACUAAUUACAAUAAAUCUACGAAUAAAGAUUAUACAGAUUUAUUAUUCGAUGAUAUCAAAUUCAAUGUGAUUUCUGAAUCAAAUGGGUUAGAUUUAGGCUCAUCAUUACUAGAUGAAGUAUUCAAAUGUUUCCCAAUAGAAAAAUCCACUACCAAUGACAAUGUGAAUCAUAAUACUGAUGGUGCUAAAAAGUCAAAUGGUGUGACUACUACUACUACUACUGCCAUUACUACUAAUAAUAGGGAUAUUAAAGAUCAUUCUAAUUGUGACGAUUCGCUUCAAAUGAAUGGUACACGUAUUGAUGGUUCUACAAGAUCGAAUUCAACUGAUUAUUUAAACAAAGAAUCUCUAGCAACCAACAGUACCAUAUUUAGUCAAACAUCAGAUUUGACUGGACGUGGUAAACAUUCAUCAAAAUCAAAUGGAUUUCGUAUUCCUCCUUUAAUAAAUAAAAUUAAUCGUUUAGAAAUAUCGAUACCAUCUACUACUACUACUAGUACUACUACCACAACCGCUACUACUAUUACUACUGACAAUUAUAGAAGUAGAAAAAAUAAAAAUAAUCAAAUAAAAACAUUGAAUAAUAAUUAUGAACAAUCUAAUGAUGAAUUAAAUGAUUCAACCUAUACUGAUAAUACAAUCAUUGAUGAUAGUCCUGUUGCUGUUGUUGUUGAUGAUAGUGAUAAAGAUGAUUGUCAUAAUCGUCAACGUCAUCAUCAUCUUGAAAACAUGAAAAUGAAUAAUAUUGUUAAUAAUAAUAAAACAGAGUCAAAAUUUUCAUGGAAACGUAGUUCAUUUAGUAGUUUAACACAUCGUAGUUCAUCAAUAUCAAAAUCAUUAAAUAAAACUAAUAUUAUUAAUGGAUUUAAUCAAUUAGAUAAUGAAAAUAAUAAUAAUAAUAUUAAUAAACGAUUAACAAUUAGUAGACCAAUUUUAUUAAGUCGACCAAAUUCAGUUACACAUACAACUUUAAAUCGUCUAGCAUCCAAUUCAUCAUCAUCUUCAAUUAUUGGUAAUCUAACUGAACCAAGUAGUUUAGGUAGUUCAACAACAAGUCGUGAUAGUUCAUUAACUGUUGUUUCAUCAUCAUACAAUGGUUGCAGCAGCAGUAGUGGUGGUGGUGGUGGUGUUGGUAUCGGCUACAGUCUCGUCGGCCCUAGUAUCGGUGGAUAUACAUCACUAAAUAAUACUGCUAGUCAGGAUGAAUCAGCAUUUACAGAGCAACAACAGCAAACUCAACAUCAGUCUUCAAUAUCAUCAUCAUGUUAUUACGAGACAUCUACAAAUGGAUCACUUUCACCAGCGUCUAGUCUAUCAUCUAUGAUAUCGGCUACAUGUGUUCCAUCUCAUUCGUUAACAUCCAGUAUUUCAAAUUCUAUAAAUAAUAAUAAUUCUACAUCAUUAUGCAAUAAUAAUAGUACAUCGAUUGCACAAGGUUGUCUACGAGCAUUAAGAUCUGGUGAAACAGUAUUUCGUGCAUCAACGAAUAUUUCAACUAGUACAUUGAAUUCACGAAGAAAAGUUAGUACAUCUUCAAGAACAAAUACUCCAAUGUUGUUGACAGAUGAAAGAGCAACAAAUCCAAGAAUCAAAAAUUUAUCACCAACUGUAACAUUAGUUAACUUAUCAACAAAAAGUUCCAAUGAUGAUGCUGUUUCUUCAUCAAGUUUAUUAAGAAAGAAAUCCAACUUAUUAUUUAAUCGUGAUAUAUAUCAGCCAUCAUCAUCAACUGAAUGUAGUCCAAAUCAUCAUUUAACUAAUUCUACUAAUAUAACAACUGGCAUUAAUACUAGUCAUGCAUUACAACAACAUAAAACUUUAAAUCGUGUAGAGCUAUCACAUUCAUCAUCAUCUUCAUCGUCAAUAUCACCACUAUCUACACCAUUUUUAGGUGAAUCAACGGUACAGUGUUCUCAAACAUAUAAUGUUCAAUCGAAAUUGUGUCACCCAACAACACCAAAAAUAGACACAACACCAUUAAAUGAAAAUAAUUGUAAUGUGUCCAAUAUGGAUUUAAACAGUGUAAUGGCAUCAUUUUUAAGCAAAGAUUUUGGUAGUUUUCUUGAUAAUGAUACAAAUCUAUGUAACACGAAUGGUAUUAAUGGUGAUGAUAGUACUGGUCGUUUUCAAUUGAACGAAAGUCGUGUCCCAUCGAGUUCUCAUUCCAAUUUGUCCAAAUCACCAUUCAAAUCAAGUUUAUCUAGAUUACCACCGAAACGUGGAAAUCUACGUAGUGCCAAUGAUGAUGAUGAUGUACUCGCUAUUUAA